GUUUGAGUCUGGCAAGGGGAGUAGAGCACCAGGAACACGUAAUUCGUCAUCCUAAAGACAUUGGCAACAAUUGCCAAUUUUCGUGCAUAACACCUCUUCACCGUUCGGCAGGUUUAUUGAGCGAUUUCUGAGGUGUUGUGAUUUGAGAAUGGCGUAAAAAUAGUUCGUCAUGGUGUAAUGACGAAGAAGGUGAAAAGUUUUUGAGCUUUUCGGUAUCAGAAGAAAAAGUGAGAAGCUAGAAAGAAAAAUUGGUGCAAAAUUAUUAUUAUUAUUAUUUCUUUUUUUUGCGCCAAAAUGAAAAACCGUGUUGUGUGAGAAAUUAUUGUGAUUGUGAUGAAAAACAGAGAAAGAAAUUAAUCGUGCAAGUGCAUUGAGAGUGAGGAAAUGCAGUAAAGGUGUGAUUUAAGUCAAAAACAAAACAAUUUACUCUUGAAAGAAUAAAUUAAUGAGAUCUUUGCACUUUUCAUUCUCAAUAUAUUCACAAAGUGAUGAAGGAAAAGUUUUAACACGUUCUUUUUUUUUUGUUGAUAAGGGCUAUUGAUUGCAAGUCUUUAUUUUUUGGAUGAAAUCCAAAAGCUAUCCAUAUUUUUUUUUAAUUUUUGUGAAGAGAAAAACUUGUGGAAAAUUAUUGUGUGGGUGAAGUUUGAUCCCUGAGAAAGAAUCUCUUAUGUACGUCUAAACAAAAAGGGAAGAAAAUAACCCCAAGAUAAUUUUCUUUGGGAGGAUCUGUUUUUUUUUAUUCGAAUACAUGAGAACAGUGCACGAUAAAUUCAGCAGAGAUUGGAGGCAGAAAAAGGGAAUUCUUUCCAAUAUAGGAUGAAAUUGGGAAAGUGACUUUUUUCAUGUGAAAACUAGAGAAUAAUAAAAAGAAAAAUUGUCGUGAUAUUGAAGACAUUUAAAUCAAUAUAUCGGAUGCUGUGAAAGUUUGUGUUUUUGUCUAAAAGGUUUAAAUAUUCAGUCCAUAAAAAAUAUCCAUGAUUGACCUAUCAAAAGGGGAAAUUAACCAUUUAGUUGUGUUAAAUUUUCAUUCUGUAUUGUGAACGUAUUUAGGUGAAAAGUUUCAACAACAAAAUAAGUUGUGUAGACAGCGUUUUUCCAGCUUCUUAUCAAUGGAUUGUGAUUACUCAAAGUUAUUCUAUGCGAAACAUAGUGUCGUUGGAACCGCCACCAUAACGUCUCCGUGGACACCAGUUAGUGCCGGUCCAUUGGGACCGGCCGACACAAAUGGCGCAGGCUCAGACUCAAAGCAUUUGGAUGUUGGGGACAUGAGCGAUGAUGAGAAGGAUUUGUCGUCGGCCGAUGCUGAGGGUGUUUGGAGUCCGGACAUUGAACAGAGCUUCCAAGAAGCUCUUGCUAUAUAUCCACCAUGUGGAAGGCGAAAAAUUAUCCUGUCCGACGAAGGAAAGAUGUAUGGUCGAAAUGAACUGAUAGCCCGCUAUAUUAAAUUACGGACAGGAAAAACAAGAACACGGAAGCAAGUUAGUUCACACAUUCAAGUUUUGGCGCGAAGACGACUGCGAGAAGUUCAGGCAAAAUUGAAAGUGCAAUUUUGGCAACCGGGUUUGCAAGCCGGAACUUCACAAGAUGUCAAGCCCUUCGCACAGCCACCCUAUCCCACUGGAAAACCAUCUGCAACAACAGUUUCGGCCGCUGUUGAAAGUGGACUCCAGACAGCCCUGCCGCCCCCUUGGGAGGGUAGAGCCAUUGCCACCCAGAAAUUUCGAAUGUUGGAAUUUUCAGCGUACAUGGAACUUCAUCGCGACGAGACAUAUCACAAACAUCUCUUUGUUCAUAUAAGUGGACAGCCAACAUAUUCGGAUCCGCUCCUAGAGUCGGUGGAUAUUAAACAAAUCUACGAUAAGUUCCCGGAGAAAAAGGGAGGCCUUAAGGAAUUAUACGAAAAGGGUCCACAAAAUGCAUUCUUCCUAGUUAAGUUUUGGGCAGAUCUCAAUACAAAUGUUCAAGAUGAAACGGGUGCCUUCUACGGUGUUACCAGCCAAUAUGAAAGUAAUGAAAAUAUGGUGAUCACCUGUUCAACAAAGGUGUGCUCAUUUGGUAAGCAAGUGGUGGAAAAGGUGGAAACGGAAUACUCACGGCUGGAAAAUGGACGUUUCGUGUAUCGCAUCCAUAGGUCACCAAUGUGUGAAUAUAUGAUUAAUUUCAUCCUCAAGCUGAAACAUUUGCCCGAGAAAUACAUGAUGAACAGUGUUCUCGAGAAUUUUACUAUACUACAGGUGGUAUCAAACAAAGAGACACAAGAGACACUUUUGUGUACUGCGUACGUCUUUGAGGUGUCAUCCAGCAAUCACGGAGCUCAACAUCAUAUCUAUCGCCUCAUGAAGGAAUAGCCAAUCGACAGUAAGACCAGUGUGGACAGUGAUGAUGGUAGUAGGAUUAAAAUGGAAAAUGAUAUUUAAUAUCAGCAAUAGCAGACACUCUUCUAUUUUCCCACGGUUUUUUUUUUUUUUUUGAACCAACAACAGAUAAUAGCAAAGUCCCUUUCCAGUUUACUUUUUUUUUAUUAAUUUUAAAUCGUGUUUUAUGUCACGCAAAUUGAUUUUUACAAUACUUUAUCCCCUCAAUAUUGUCCUUUUUUUCUCUGUUGUGAAUUAAAACAUGUUGAUGGGAUAUUUUAGUAUUAUCCCUAAAUUUUUUUUUAAUAAAACAAAUGUUGAUUUUCUCAAUUUUUGAAUUUUACUUCUAAAACUGAAAUGAUAGAGAACUUUGGUCAUGCAAUGCAGAUGAAAACCAAGAAAUGGAAGUAAAUGAAGAGCAAAGAAAUAGACAGAGCAAGGAAAAUCAUUGCAACAAAAAGCAAGAUACACAAAAAAAACUGCAACAAUAAUAAAAAUGCUAUUAAUAACAAUAAAAUACAUAAUAAAAAAAUAUAUGUAUAUUAUAUGGAAAAGAAAUACAAUAUGAAAUUAAUUUAUUAAUUAUUGUAAUUAGAGCGGAAAGCCAUUGCAAGUGAAUGAAAGUUGAGAAAUAAUAAAAAUCCACAACAAAAUACAACGCUAAGACAUUUCAUAGACCCCCCUCCCCCUCAAGAAUGGAAGGAAUAAAAAGAAAACCAUUGCAAUUCAGUUUUUUUUUAAUUUUGUAAAUCAAUGUGCAAAGAGAAGAAAAAACAUGAUGGAUAGAUAAAAAAAGAAUAAGAGAAAAAUUCAUAGUGCCUACAAAAUACAACACUAGGAUAUAGUAUUACUAGGAUAAAUGGAAGUAAAAAAAAAAGAGAAAAUAAAAUAUUUUACGAAAGAUCAACCAAGAAGUAGUGUGUUAAAUCAUGAAAAAAAAAUGUCCACAGAAAAAAUGAAGUUAGUAAAAAGAAAUCACUAAGAACAAUAAAAUAAAAAUAAGACAAAAAAAAGAGUGAAAAAUCACAAUUGAGUGAAAAGGAGAAAGAAAAACCUAUUGAGCAUCUUUUAAUGAAACACAAAAAAUUCAAAAAAUAAAAAAAUAUAUAUAAAAGAAGAGAAAAAAUGAUAAUCGUAGAUAAGAAUGUGUAUAAAGAAAAAAAAUCUAUUCUUAUUAAAGGUAAGAUAAAUCAUUUUCAUGUUGAAUAGGAAAAAAAACAAGAAGAAAAAAAAAACAAAACGGCAAACAAGUGUAAUAUUACCUUUGAAUGAUAAACUAAAUAUUUACGAGGCAGAGUGAACUUCCUUAGAAAAGUCCUAAUUUUAUUUUAUUUUAUUUUUUUUUAAUUUGGCCACAGUGUAAUAAACUCAAUCAGAAACAGUUUUUUUUCUCAAAAAACUCCUUUGGUGUGCAAUAUGAGAAAUUUUUUCUACAUUGAAAAUUUUUUAUUGAUAUCAUAUUUAUGACGAUAAAAAAACAGCAUAACAGAAACUUUUUUAUAAUUUUACAUGACUCUGUUUUCUACAUGAAAAGAACUCUAUUAUUUUUCCAGUGGGAUUUUUUUAUUUCCAUUUUAAUAUUUCCUUCAUAUAUAUAUUUUUUAAUUUACUGCAAUAACUUUUAUAUUUCAGUCAGACAAUACCCAGUAAAUCAGUGUCAGUUUACAGAAUAUCUCUCUAUUCCAUAAAUUCUGAUUGUUGAAUCACACGAAAAUGGAAUGCAAAUUCAAUGGCUGAGAGACUUGCUUUAUUCAUAUAUUUAUUUAAAAAAAAAACAAUUAAUUACUAUUUAUUUUCAGGAGAUAGAGGAGACAAAAUCGAUUGAAAAUCACAAACAGUGGGCGGGGCUAAAAAUGUUCCGCCCGCACUCACCUGAUGAGUAAAUCGAGCAAAUCCCAAUACGAAUUCCACUUUCUUUAUUACCUAAAUGUCUCUCAUGUUUAUUUGCCUUGGUUUCAGAAUAAUAAGCCACGCCCCUAAGGGUCUAAAUGGGGUCAAACUGAUCUAUUUGAGCUCUAUUUGAAAUCCGGCUAAUUGGGGAGAGGGACAUUUAAAUUUAUUGAAUCUUUAGAUGACGUUCGACAAACUGUAAGCUUAGUAAAAAAAAAAUAUUCAUCAACUGUCAAUGUUUGACAGCUGUCAGCCGGAUAUCCAAGUGUCAGAUAACGAAGAGCUAAGUGUAUACACAGGUCAUCUAUUCGAUAUCCGGCUGAUUGGGGGACAAACGACAUUUAUAUUUUUUUAAUCUACUUACGGCUCUUCGUUGUCCGGCACUUCGUUAUCCGGGUGACAGCUGCCAAAAUCUGGCGGUUGAUGUAUUCAAAACGAUUUUUUUUAACGAAAUAUGCAGUUUGUCCAGAGUGAAUUAAUGUGUCAUUUUCAUUUUAUCAAAGUUUUUGACACACAAUCGUGCUACAAAAUGAAACAUAAACACACCACAAAGAAAAUUCUGUUGUUUUUCGACAGAAAACAAAUUCCCACAGCAGAAAACAUAAAAAAAAACGUUGACCAGAUUCAAAAAACCAAAAUGUCAUUUUGUCCUUACAUCAGCAGGAUUAUAUGUUUUAUUUGACGUUUAUUCAGUUUCAACGGUUCUUGCACAACUCUUCUAAAUAUUCCCAAGGAUAAGCCUGAAUCUAUUUAGGCCGUACGGUACAAUGAAAUAAUUAUGACGAUGGCCACACCUUUUAGAUCGAGAAAAUGUUAUCAAAUCGAAAUUCACAUGCUUUACCUUCUCAAAUUGUUUACAUAAAUCUAUUUUACUCUUUCGCACUCUUCUUCUUCUUUUGAAUAUCACAUCAAAUUAAAUUUAGUUCAAUCGAAUUUUCAGUCCGAAAGAGUGGGAUAGACUUAUAUAAAUCAUUUCAGACAGUAAGGGACACCAAUAUUGAUUUCAUGAAAUUUUACCGAUCUAAAAGGAGGCCCAGAAGCAUAACAGAAUCUGAUUUUGAAUUUUGAGGUUUCCUCAUAGUUUCAGAUGGACAGAGAAAAAUAAAACCAGAUAAAGGAUCGAAAAGAACAACGAAAAAGAGAAGAACACUUCGUUACUAUUUUCUUUUAUCCAUCUGUAACAGAGAGAAAAUUUCAAAGUUCGAAAUUAGAUUCUGUUCAAAAUUAUCCCAUUGUACGCAAUAGAAUUUUUUACUCAUAGGUUUGAUUUUGUUAAUUAAGAAUCUAAACCUGGCUAAAAGCAUAAAUUUCCCUGCUAGAUAUUCGGACUUUUAUUUCGUUUUUAUUUUUUUAAUAUUCUUUAUUUAGCUGGGUUUCAAUAAACAUUUUUUUAUAAAUUGAAAAUACUAAUUUAUAAGAAACAAGGGUAACUGUACCAAAUUUCGACCAGCUUGCAAUCUCGGACACUUCUUGUUCUUUUCUGCCCUUAAAUUUUCACGAACUUUUAAUUUUUUCAUAUUUUAGUGAUUAUACAAUGCAAAAAAAUACAAAAUUAGCAAUUAACGGGCUUGCUAUCAGUCUUCUUGUAGCAGUCAAGUGCUGCAAUUAAUCUGAAUAUUUUUCUCUUAGCAAAAAUCACAGGACACUACUGUCCUGGGUCAAUAAAUUAUUUAUUUAUUUAUCAUAUUUUUUUUUUUAUUAAGGCUGCUAUUCUGCCAUCUUUAUAAUUUUGUAAGAUUUUGCGGAAUUUGGAAUUCUUAUUAGAGUCAAUCCAAGAUUGAGCAAUUCUGCCGCCAAGAAAUUUUAUAGCAAAAAUCGAACAAGAUAUAAAAAGUUUGGAGACUUGUCGGGCAGCGUCAUCUGCGGAAUUAUUUGACUGUGUGCUUACAGUUGUUUGUUAUUUUUCACGAAAAAAGCAUUAAAAUAUCUUUAAAGGUAAUUAUAUUCAAUUCAACCUUGACAAAACUUUCACUUUAUAAAAUUUAAAAGUACCUCUAAACUUUCCUUGGAUAGUACAAGAAAAUGUAUGGAACUGUCAAAGAAUUUUUGGAUGAAUUGAAAAAUUCUUGGAUGUAUAAUAUGAUAAUUUGAAAAUUUUGUUGGAGACUUUAUAACAACGUCUAAAAUAUUUGGAGAGUACUAAUAUUUUAGAACUUUAUAUUUUUUCUGUGAGAAUACCAAAUUUCUUAGAUCUUGCUCAGUUACAAAAUUAUAAAGAUGGCAGAAUAGCAGCAUAAGUACACUGAAAAAAAAACGGGGGUGCGAUUAACUUUUUUUCCGCAUAAGUUUAACGCUUUUUAGGUGUAAAAAUAUAUCAACAUUUUUUAAUGUUAAAUUUACACCUUUUGUUUGAAGGGUAAAAUGAACAUGAAAAAGGUAACUUUAACCCCUAAUACACCUGAAAAGCAUAAUAUUUACAUGGAUUUCGGAUCAAUACUACAGGGUAAAAUAAACAUUUCCGGAAUGUUAUUUUAACUUUUUCGGAUUUCUCUCAAUGUUAGAAAUCUUCGUAGUAGACGGAUCGUUUCGAAAGCUCCCUGUAUUUUUGAAAAUGAGAAAAACCCAAGGGGUAACUCGUAUUGAGAAACCCUUGCCAGUUUUCUGAGAAACGCUUCGCGAAACCUGAGAAUUUAACUCGAGAAACGAGAAACCCUUACCCUUGGGAGUAAGUUACCUCUUGGAAGAAACGCCCACUCAAUUAAUUAUUAGUACAUUAUAAGUACUCGACCUAAUUCCCCUGUUUUUUUGUCACUUGUCCAUACGCUACGAUAUGAAGAAAUGUCUACGUUUCGUCCACUUUGUGUCAUUUCUGUAAAAGUUAAAAUUGAAUUCAAUCCAUAUUAUUUAUUCAUCGAAAGAACGCAUUCUUCUUUCGUUGCGGCCAUUGCCGUCUUAGCGUUGCUUCCAACGAAAUCCGGGACGAAAACGAUGGAAAAUGCCGUGUCUUGUUUUGCAAUCCUAAGAUUGUUUGGAAGUCUGGACUGAGCAAACUGUGAUGCUUGGAGCCAAGCCUAUAAGGCUGUUCGGGUCUAAGGCUAACAAUAAAUCAUAUUUAGAGGGAAAUGGGGUACCUUUGAAAGUAGGGUACCUUUGAAAUUGGGAUUUUUCACUUAUUUUUAAAUAAAAUUGAUCCCUAUCGUGAUAUAAUUUAACUCCACAAAUAGAUUGUGAAGCUACAUUACAUUAUGAUAUAGCUCAGUUCCAUUUACAAAUAGGAGAAAAUCCUAAUUUCAAAGCUGCCCACAUGCAACGGUGCCCCACUUCCCCCUACAUUGAGGUCAGGAGACCUCUAAAGGCUAUUGGGUCCAUUUCAGCCAAAACAUGGCAGACUUAUACCCUCGUUAUAUGACGUACAUAUCUAGCCAGGUUUUGUUAUUUGCAAUAAAAUUUCUUUUUGGGGCGUGGCCUAUAUUUUAAUUCACGCAAUUACUUCAAACACCUCAAUUGGUUUAACAGAGUAAAUAAUUAGAUAUCUCAAGGCUCAGGAUUGGAAUUUUGGUCUUUGUCUGAUCUUCGUAUCUCCAAAAGGGGACGUGUGCUGAAAUUAUUUAUGGGCGGAGCUUUUUUGGAAGUUCCAAACUACUUGCUUGAGUACUGGUUCUUAAGAAUAAAUACAGCAUUGAAAUGUUGGUUAAAAAAUUGAGAUAGUUAUUGAAAAAUAGUUCAUUCGCAUAAAAUAAAUAUUUACUAAUUUUCUUCUCUUGACUAAUCUGUAUAAUAUUUUUAAAAGUUUCUCAGAUAUUUUAUUUGCAUUCUGUCUUUCUUUUCAAAAAGAAAAGUAUACACUAUACUGUAUACAAAUUAAUGAAAUGGUAAAGAUCGGAUGUGACUUUGAUUAUUAUUUGUCACAUAAAAAUUUUUGUAAAAGGAGAAUGAUUAAUUUUUAAUUAAAGAUUAGCUCCCCACCGCUAAUUUAAAAAAAAAAGAAAAAUCGAGAAAAAACGAUUUAAAAUGAAAAGAAACUAUGAUUAAAAAAAAUUGUAGAUGAUGAUUUUUAUUUAAGAAAAAUCACCUUUUAGUUUUUCAUUUAUUACUAUAGACAUUAGUGAAGAAUACGAAGAGGAGGAAGAAAAGCUGUAAGUGAGAGAAAGAGAGAAAGAAGGGAAAAAGUGUUUACAAUAUAUUAGUAAUUUCAUUAAAAUGUAGUUAAGUACGAGAUAGUAAUUGAUGAGAUAAGGAUAAAUGUGAAAGAAAGAGCCUCUAGUACUUUUGCCAUUUUGAUCUUUUUUUUUAAUAACCCUUAAUUUAAUUAAACAAAAUCUUAUUUAAUAAUUUAGUAAUUUUAUUUGUAAUGUAUAAUCUUCUUGAUUAUCUCUGAUUCUGCCUCAACUAGGUUGAAAAAAAAUAUAUUAAAACAAAUGAAUAAAUAGAAGAAAAUGAAACGUCCUGAACUUUUUAAUUAUUUUUUGCUUAAAUUUAUUAAGAAAAUAAAAUGAUAUAAAAGAAAAGAAAAAAUAACUAGAAGAAAACUCUAACUUUUAUGUGAUUUUAGAAUCAUUUUAUCUUGUGUAGUUUUUUUUUUUAAUUUAAUGAAAAUGAGAGAAGAAAACUUUAAUAAUUAUAAUUUUAAUAAGCGACACAAGUGAAAAUAGUAUAAAAUAAAAAAAUAGUGAAAAUCACAUAAAAUAAAAGAAAUUCUAACUAAAAAAUAAACUGAUCUCGUUUUUAAUCAAGUAUAAAUUAAUGUGUGAGAAAGUUAAGAGCAAAACCACAAUAUUACUAUUUACAAUUCAAUUGGCCAUUUUUUUUAAUUAUUAAAUCUUAUUUUAAUUCGUAGAUUUUUUU